UUCAUUCACAUUGCCACGUCGGUCAGAGAUGAGCUCCACUCUGUUGUCUCAGAUGCUGCUCCUGGUGCUACCACUCCUGCUUCUACUUCAGACAUGGUCCAGCCUGGCUGAAGAGCCACAUCAGUUAGCAACCUGCACUGGUUAUCCAGGGAUACCAGGAUCACCGGGCAACAACGGAGUGCCAGGAAGAGACGGACGAGAUGGACAGGAGGGGAGAGAAGGCACAAAAGGAGAGAAGGGAGAUAUUGGUAUCCAAGGUCUUCCAGGAACUGAGGGGGCACUUGGCCCACCUGGACCCAAAGGAGCUCAAGGAGAUCCAGGGCCUAGAGGUGAACGGGGUGUGUGGGGUCCUCCAGGCAAAGUGGGACCAGCUGGGGAGAAAGGGGAGAAGGGAGAAGUAGGAGCCCUCGGCAGGCCAGGGCCGCCAGCCAACGAGAGUCUCAUAGCAGCGCUGGAAUCCCAACUUGAGUCAAUGUCCAGGCUCUGGGAGCAGUUUGCUAAACUCGAAAGACGCUUUACCUUCACACACUGGAGGCUUCAUAAACACAAGCUCUUUGCUGUCACCCUCAAUCGAGGCACCUUUGAAAAUGGCCUGAAGCUCUGCCAGGAGGCAGGAGGUAUUAUGCUGUACCCAGAGAAUGAAGAGGAAAACAACAUCUUCCGCGAUUUGUACAAAAAAGUCGGACCGAUUUACAUCGGUAUCACUGAUACGAAGACAGAGGGGUCCUUUGUGGACCUUAACGACAGACCUUUGUCAUUCACUAAGUGGAAGCCUGGAGAGCCCAAUAACUCAGGAGGCAACGAGAACUGCAUUCAUAUUUGGGAUAACGGAGAGUGGAAUGACACAGGCUGCAAUAGUGAAAUGCAUGCCAUCUGCCUGUUUCUGCCAAGUUCUGCAUAUGUUAACAUGGCAGCCGAGACACAGUACAGCAUCCUUCGGCAGUCCCCAGAAAUGGAGCCGCACACCUUUCUCCUGCUGACCACCAUUCUAAGUAUGGCACUGUACUGUUGUGCCAGCGUGGAGCCCACAAGCCCAAACCUCUGUCCCGGGAUGCCAGGGUUAUCAGGAAGAGAUGGGAGAGAUGGAAGGGAAGGGAAGGAAGGUCCACCAGGUCUGAAUGGACAAAAAGGGGAUAAAGGUGAUAAAGUCAUUGGUCCUCCUGGGAAAGCUGGACCACCAGGCCAAACAGGGCAGAAAGGUGACAGGGGCAGCCCAGGUGCCAAUGGCCAAGGAGGGCAGAAAGGAGAGCGUGGAGCAGUAGGGUACCCAGGGCAACCGGCUGAUGUGAGGCGCAUCGCAGAGCUGGAAGGAGAACUGAGGGCAAUGAAAGUCAGCCUCUCCAAACUUGAAAAACGUUUCCUCCUCACCACCUGGAAGAGCUACGGACAAAAGAGUUUUGCAACGAGGAACAGUAAGGGGACAUUUGAAGGCGGGUUAAGACUGUGUGCCGAAGCAGGUGGGCAAAUCGCGAUGGCAGCCAACGAGGAGGAGAACAAUGCCAUUGCUUCCAUUCUCAAAACGGGUGAACAUGCGUUCAUCGGGAUUAAUGACAGGAAGACGGAGGGCAAAUUUGAGGACGUCAAUGGGAAGCCGGUGACAUUCACUAAGUGGAAAUCAGAAGAGCCCAACAAUUUUAAUGGGAACGAGGACUGCACCAUCAUAAACUCUGAGGGAAUUUGGAACGAUAUUAACUGUGAAGCAAACUUCAUUAUUAUAUGUCAGUUUCAGUGACGUCCAUGUUUUUCCAGUGCCCUCCUUGUUUUUCUGUGCACUUGUCACAUCUAUUGUGAUUUGCAUGAAGUGAUUUAUUUCAAAUACAAUACCACAAACAAUGUACGCAUGCUUUGUUUUUACUGUAUGAAGCAAUUUCAUGUUUGUCUCUGUUUAGCACACGUGCUGUGAGUCGCACUUUGUAAAAUAAACUUUGAUUUGCACA